UUAACCCCACUCAGUAACAUUUGGAGUACAGUCAUGUGGACGUCUUUUCAGUAUUUAAAAGUGAGGAAUGUUGUUUAGAAAAAAUACCACAUUAGUGAGGGGGGGCCUGAGUGGAUUUGGUGCUCCGGAGCUUUAGAUUAUUCUACUUCCUGUUAACGAAACCUCUGAAUGAACUUGUCUUAGUGGGUCAACUAGUAUUUAAGAGCUUAUCAGUUUAUGGUAAAAACUCAUACUCUUCACAGGGGAGCUGAGAUGGAAACUUUUCUGCUCUGACUCCGUCCCACCGAGGGGACCGGUCCGCUGUACCCCACAGAGAGCUUGACCCCACAGCUCCAGCACUGAGCUGAAGACUUUUAGAGGAACACCACACUCUGAGGAGCAGAGAGGGUGAAACUUUUCUAUAAAAAUGGGAGACUACGACGAGGAAACAGCGUUUCUCGGACAAACGGGUCCUUAUUUCUGGACCACUUUCUUCCUCUUAAACACUGUUUUUGUGUCGACUGGAUUCGAUGGACUUUACAUCAUUUUUGCUGGAGCAGCUCCAAGACACCAUUGUCUCGUUCCAGAUGUCAACCUGACUGAUGAGUGGAGAAAUGCCGUCAUCCCUUUGGUGACAGCAGAUGGAGAAGAAGUCCAGAGCCAGUGCAGCAGAUAUAAACUGUCUGUGGUAAAAAACCUCUCAGAUGAGGGAUAUAUUCCUGGACGGGACAUUAAUCUCACUAAUCUGGAGCAGGAAGGAUGUUUAGAUGGAUGGGUUUACAGCAAAGACAUUUACCAGUCCACCAUAGUCACUGAGUGGAACCUAGUUUGUGACAACCAAUGGAAAGUUCCAUUUGCAUCCUCGACUCUCUUUGUGGGAUACCUUGUGGGGUCUCUAAUCUCUGGACAGCUUUCUGACAGGUUUGGGAGGAAAAAGGUGGUUUUUGUGUCUCUCGCGGCCCAAUCUCUCUCUGUUCUCCUGCAGUCGUUCUCUCAGUCAUGGAGAAUGUUUUGUAUCAUGUUCCUGUUUGUUGGAGCCUCUCAGAUAUCUAUCUACAUUUCUGCAUUUGUUCUGGGCACAGAGUUGUUGAGUAAGACCAUGCGAGUCCUCUUCACGACACUCGGGGCCUUCCUCUUUUAUUGCAUUGGCUACAUGACACUCCCCUGGAUCGCGUACGGCAUCAGAGAUUGGAGAACUUUGCUUGCUGUUCUGUCGGCAACUUCUGUUGUGUACAUCCCACUCUGGUGGUUCCUUCCAGAGUCGCCCCGGUGGCUGAUCACUCAGGGAAAAGCAGCGGAGGCAGAGAUCAUUGUGCGAGAGGCAGCACGUAAAAACAAAGUGCAGGCACCACCUGUGGUUUUUAAAGAAUCGGAGAUCCAGGACAUGCCUCCUGGCAGGAAGUACACUAUGCUUGAUAUUCUAAAAUCCUUUAAUCUCAGAUGCAUCACUCUGAUGUGCCUCCUUUUGUGGAUGGCGAUAAACAUUGGGUACUUUGGCUUGUCCCUGAACACGUCAAACCUGAGUGGAAACCCCUUCAUGAAUUGUUUUUUAUCAGCCAUUUCUGAAGUUCCUGCUUAUAUUGUUUCAACUUGUUUGCUGAGAAAAUGUCCAAGAAGAGAACUCCUGUCGACAUUUCUCAUCAUCGGAGGAGGAGUUCUUCUGCUCAUCCAAUUCAUCCCAGACACCCUUCAGUACGUUGCUCUGGCUCUUGAAAUGUCUGGGAAGUUUGGCUUCACCAUGGCCUUCACCAUAGUGUACAUCUACACCGCUGAGAUCUACCCCACUGUUCUCAGAAACGUCGGGAUGGGAAUGUGCUCCUCAGCCGCUCGCAUUGGCAGCAUCACAGCUCCUUACGUCAUUUAUUUAGGUACAUAUAAUAAGGUUCUACCUUAUAUCCUAAUGGGAAGUCUUACAAUCUCUUCCUCUGUGGUUAACCUCUUCUUACCAGAGACCUUCAACAAGGACCUUCCAGAAACAGUGGAGCAGAUGCAAAAAUGCAAAUGGAUAUGCAGCUCGUCCAAGAAGAAGACAUAUGCUUCCAGAAAGCAGCCUAUUCUACAAGAAGAGAAGUCUGAAGAGCUAACACUCACACAUUAGUUUAUUUGACUUGUUUAGCUAGGAGGCAGAAAGUUUUUGAGUUAAAACAAUCAGAGGGAGAAAAAAACAACAACACAACUGGUGGGCCAGAUGUUUGUUAUAAAGGAAUGUUGUUCAUGGUGUGAUUGAGACUUUGUUGGUGGAUUAUUACAUUUGUUAGAUGGGAUCCAACGAAAGUACAAAAAAUAAACCUUUUGUAUUAGAUCUUAUGUCUAUUGAUCUGAUUGUUGAGCUGUUUUUGUUCCAUUAUAUCUGCGAUAAAAACAUAUAAAUCCUCUUCGUCGUCCUCUUCGUCGGUAACAAGAUGGCGCCUGUGCUUGGCUUAGCCAUGGUCACCGGCCACUUUUUCAAACUUUUCUCCACUAACCUCCUCUUUUCCACCUUGCUCCCGUCUGCGAUCCUCUUCAGUAGUGUCCCUGCUACCAUCUCCUAUGAUCGCCAGACUCUUUUGUCCUUCUGUUAAUUCACGAUCGCCCAAGAAGCACCGAGGACGUACCUCCCUGUUUGUUUAUCUGAGUGGUGCACUGGCCCGGAGCCAAACGACGAUUCCAUCCAGGGUGCCUCCAGCAAUGUUUGUCCGGUCCCGGGAAAACGUCGGAGGAAAAGACGUAAACGAGCAGGAAUUCAAGUGAGAAUAAGACUUCUCUUAAAGCGUGGUUUAUCUGGUAAACAUCGGCGUAAUCUUCUAACUUCUUGUCCUUUGUUUGGCGACUUGAGCGCCACUUCCGCAUUCCCGCCAGGACGCGUUGCAGCUCGGUUUCUCUGUCCAAGUUUUUUAAGGUCGGUUUAUCCUCAUUCCUCAGUGGUUUCUCCUCCUGUUCCCUCCAUAAGUGUUUUCUUCUAAACACCGUGGAUCUAACCCUGCUAAUUUACGUCCACUAACUCCAGCUGUUUCUGUAGUUUCUGAUUCCUCCACCUCACUCAGCAUGGCUCUAUUAAAUACCUGCUCAGGUAACAAUAAGUCCUUCCUGCUCAAUGACCUAAUUCUGUCUAAAAACCUGGAUUUUAUGUUUCUGACUGAAGUUUGGCAGCAAACAUCUGAUUAUACUGCUCUGAUUGAACUUUGCCCAAGUGGCUAUCCUUUUCUUAUCCAGCCCCGGGGUUCUGGUCGUGGUGGAGGCCUAGCUGUUGUUUUCAGAGACCAUCUUCCAUGUAGCUCUACAACCUCUGGUCACUUUGCUUCCUUUGAAAUGCAGCUGAUUAAAGUCGGGUGUAAGGACCCGUUCUACUGUGCUGUGGUUUAUCGUCCACCUGGUCCAAACAGUUCUUUCCUUCAGGAGUUUAUCCUCCACGGUGAAGCUGUCCAAACCGGUGAUUGUUGGUGACUUUAACAUCCACGUUGAUGAUCCCUCAGACCACUUUGCCAUGAAUUCCUUCAGCCUCAUGGACACCUUCAGCUUUACCCAGCAUGUUUCUGGCCCCACACACACCAGGGGGCACACUCUGGACCUUGUUUUUAACCCUGAGUCGAAAUGCUGACAGUGUUUGUCCUGAGGACAUUUACAUUUCAGAUCACCAUUGCAAUUUCUUUAACUUAUCCGUUUCUGCGUCCCCACCUCCUGCUCACCAUAUGGUUAGUUCUCGUUUUCUUAAUGAGAGCACAGCUAGCAAUUUUUCUGCUGCUUUUGAUCCACCCAGUUCUUCUGAUAACGACCCAGAUUCAUUAACUUCUCAGUUUAAGGAGCACUGCCUCUCCAUUCUGGACAACAUCUGUCCUGUCAGAACCAGAUCAGUUCCUGCAGUGAACCCCACUCCCUGGUUUAAUGAUAGCCUUCGCAGCCUGAAGCGCCAAUGCAGAAAAAUUGAGCGCUUGUGGAAGAAAACCCAUCUCCAUGUUCAUCUGCUGCACCUAAAGGAUCUUCUGACAUCCUUUAACUGCAUUCAGAGACGCUAGGGUUUCCUAUUUUUCCAACCUUGUGUCCCAGAGCAAAGGGAACCCCAAGGUGCUGUUUAACACCAUCAGCAGCAUCGUCUCUCCUGCCUCUCCUACAGCCUCCAUCCACUCUGUUACAGACUGUGAGAAAUGGUAAAUGGUAACUGGCCUGUAUUUGAUAUAACGCCUUCUAGAGACCUGGAACCCCCCAAGGUGCUUUACAACACAAUCAGUCAUUCACCCAUUCACACACACAUUCACACCCUGAUGAGGAUGAGCUACAAUGUAGCCACAGCUGCCCUGGAGCGCACUGACAGAGGCAAGGCUGCCGAGCACAGGCGCCACCAGUCCCUCCGACCACCACCAGCAGCAGGUAAAGUGGGUUAAGUGUCUUGCCAAAGGACACAACGACAGCGACAGACAGAGCGGGGCUCGAACCUGCAACCUUCCGAUUACGUGGCGAGCACUUUCUGUCUUUCUUUGUGGGCAAAGUCAAUAAGGUUAGAUCUAGCAUCUCUCCUUCAGCCUUAUCUCUGCCUCUCCUGACUCCAACCUGGCCCAUCAUCCUAGAUAGCUUUGCUCCUGUUUCUUUGCCCGAGUUUACCAAACUAGUUAACUCUAUGAACCUCUGCAUGCCCCUUCGACAUCUUACCCUCAUCUUUGUUUAAAAGUGCUUUUCAGUCCAUGAGUCCCAGUGUGCUCUCUAUAAUUAAUGCUUCUCUGGUUUCUGGUCAGGUCCCUGCUUACUUUAAGAAUGCUGUAAUCCACCCGCUUCUUAAAAAAACCGAGUCUCGACCCCUCUCUCCAUAGCAGCUUCAGACCCAUCUCUAAACUUCCGCUCAUCUCCAAGAUCUUGGAAAAGGUUGUGGCUAAACAGCUCAAAAGCAGUUCUUUUUGGUUUCAUUCCGAUGGUGUCUGGGGAAAAAUAAAUAAAUCCAAGUUACAUUUAAAGGUUAGCUUUAAGAGUCUGUUUUCUGUCCAUUCAUAUCCAGGCCUUUCCACGGAACACGUACAUGUUUGCGUAUAGUUCUGAACAACUCAUUAAAGGAUGACAUCAAGAUAGACUCAUUAUUUACUUCACACAUACAUUUCACUGUAAUAUUGUUGUUGGUGAUUUAAAAAGUAAAUUGAGAUAUUUUUAGAGUUGACUACUUGCUUCUAAUUCACAGUUAACAUUGUUAGCUCAACGUUAGCCUCUGCCUCACGUGAUAUUAAAGUAAAAUAAAAUAAUGUUGCGGCUACCUUGGGGUACAAGAAAUAACUUCUGGGUCACUCCUGUUUACUGGCUUUGGUUCUUCAAACAACUCCUGAUCUUUUUGCCGGCUGGUGUCGAAUUACAAAUGCCAUCGCUGCAGUGUUAGCUUGCCAUAGACACAACAACCAUACUGUUUGUUAACAGUAACUAUGUUCCAGUUUUGUUUUUGUAUAUAUAUAAAAAAAAUUUGAAUGGAGAAAAGCUGUAAGAUCUUGCAAUUCUCUGUAAUUUAGUGAGCUUACUGCGUGGAACACUUUCAUUGCCGUUCCGUGUCUGGAACGCUCCCGGUGGGAAGGAAGCUCAUGAGUAAAAUCCAUCUGUUACAUUACUUGCCACUUACGCAUCUAGUCGAAAUCCGGGGUACUUUAUUGCACAUGGGUCUUUUUUGGUUUUCCACUUUUGGAAUUUGUGUUUCUUUAAUGCUUCUGUCACUUACUAUGUUCAAAUUGCAGGAAAAUACAACAGAGCACUCCCCUAAAUAGUGCUGGGGCGACGGUGGCACAGGAGUUAAGUGCUCGCCCCGUAAUCGGAAGGUUGCUGGUUUGAGUCCCGCUCAGUCUGUCGCUGUCGUUGUGUCCUUGGGCCAGACACUUAACCCACGUUGCCUGCUGGUGGUGGUCGGAGGGACCGGUGGCGCCAGUGCUCGGCAGCCUCGCCUCUGUCAGUGCGCCCCAGGGCAGCUGUAAGGUUAUGAAGUUCAUUGUUUUCAACUCCACACAGCUGCCCCCUGUGCACAAUAACACCCGUGUAGAAAAACCAAGGUCGGGUGUUCCUCAGACUGUUUACAUUCCAGGAGAAGAGUCCGAAGGAGAAGAAGAAGCUUUACUUAAUCAAAGUACUUUAUUUGUGAUUAAAAUUAUUAAGCAAAACA